AUAGCUUGCACAAUACCAGGAAACGUAAACAGAGUUAUUUUGUUCAGGGUUUUCUUUUGUGGUGCAAUAAUUGUAUUGUAGCUGUUUUGUAUAUAAACAUGCCGGUUAAUGUUCUAUGCCAUUUGAAGACGACAAAUGUAAAAGGACAUUUUUAUUUUGUUUCAUAAGAUUUCAAAUCGAAAAGUGUGGCCGCCAUGUCUUCUGAAUCCGUUCGCGAGGCUCUGAGACUGUGUAAAGAGACGACCACUAUCGAGACUAUAAUUGACCUCACCAAACACAGCGACCCCCAGGUCAGACAGAAGGCGCUCAGAGAGAUGUGUCCGUGUAGGGUGAAAAAGGACCACGAUGCAUUCUGGGACCGUGUCCUGGAAAUGACGAAUGACGAGGCUGCGAAUGUCAGAGGUCAAGUCCUUCACACGUUGUGCGACGGGUCACCAAACCACAUGGAGUUCAAGGUCACGGAAGCAUUAGAAGACUUCAAUAGGGACCCGGACUCAAAUAUUAGGAGAAAGGCGCACAAAGUUUUGACGUCAUACAGAAGGACAGGAAAGUGGAACAUCUUGUGAACCACUAUAGUGUAUUUCUUUUUAAAAACACCAAAAAACCCCAAACCCAUUCAGUAUUAUUAUCACGUGGAUCUUAGGGUUUGGAUUCAAAAGUACAUUAACCUUUUAAUUGCAAAACAUUGAGUUAGUUUAACUGUCUGAGCAAGUUUACCGACCUGGCAUGGUGCUUAUCAAACUCAAGACUCUAAUAGAUUCUGAUACUUUAAUGCCAUGACAACGCCAUACAAAUUGCAUGCGUGUAACGUCAUUUGAUAGAGAGAAUUCGGUGUAGUGACCUGACACUUAUCAACUGAGUCGCCCUGUGUGGGAGUCGGUACCAGGAUGCGAACCCAGUACCAACCAGCCAUAAGUCCGAUGGCUUAACCACUAUGUACAGCCUUGAGGCAGGUACCACAUCUAAAUCAAAGACUGCCAACAAUAGAUGUAUAUGUUUAGAAAUAAAUCUAACCACAUUGAGUUGCUGAUCUUGUCCACGUAGGGGAUUACAUGAUUGGUGGUAAUUAGGCACUAAAGGUGACUGGGGGUGAAGUAUUUCUGGAAGUAAUUACUGGUUGUAAACAUUAAAUCAUUAUUACAACACUAAAUAUCUUUCUACAUUUGCCUGUCCUUCACACACUAAAUAACGCGUUUGGAAUAUAUAUUUAACCUGUUGUAUAUACAUCAAUUUAUUAAGAGGUUGUUUACUUUGUUAGCGGAAUGAAAUGAAAAUGACCUUGAAUUUUUAUUUUAGUUUCGACUGCUUAGCCUACAGUUAUUAUGUCUGCUUUGAUCAUGCUUAUGCCUCUGAAAAAACACAGGAAAAAAAAAAUUAUAAUAUAAAAAAAUAAAAAAAAAUAAAAAUUAAAAAAGGAAAGAAAAUAGCUAGAGAACAAUCAGCGUUGUUUCAGGGUUGAUUUGUAAUUAGUUUACAGGGUGGGAUUUUUUUUAUGAUUGCUUUUGUUUGUUGUUGUUGAUGUUUUAAAUAAAAAAUGUUUAAACAAA